AUGAGCCAACAUACAGAUUGGUCCGCAAAUACAUUGAGCAUAUUUGAGAGGUCUUCAAAAUCAGGUAGCAAAGGCUUCUUUGCUGCUGCUGCUGCUGCUGCUCCCUCCUAUAAUGCCACAGCAAAGUCCUUCAUCCCCUCUGCACCACGACAGCCACCGCCACCAACAACACCAUCGCCUAGACAGUUUGAUCCGUUUGAUAAGGAAGAAGAGGUGGAAGAAAAGGACGAGGACGAAGACGACAUCAACGAACUUGGCCAGCAAUUCAUAUCCAGUAACUUGCUUGCGGAUGAAGAGGAUGAUGGUACUCCCAUGGUGACAACCCAUUCAAGCCAAAUGCAGCAGCAAUCCGUGCAAUGGACACCCAACACCAAUAUCAAGGACAUUUGGGAAUCACCCAAGACACAACCACAACAAACUUGGGAUCAUUUUGAGCCCUAUUCACGUGGAGACGAGCAGGAAUUUGACCCCACACUGCAAUUCUAUCAUGGCUCGCUGUACGAUGCUUCAACUAUACAAGACAUGAACAAGCUGUCCUUAGAACUGCCCUCUGCGGAGGAGACCACCAAGGAGAAUGUCGAGGAAGACAUGUCGACUUUACAAAUGAUGCAAACCAUCUUUAGUGAUCUGAGUGAUGCAGAAUUAAUAGAGACGCUGGAGAAGUUUGAUUACGAUGUGGAUCGAUCGAUCGAAUCUUUAUUGACACAAAAGAUGAGCAGCAAGGCAGCAGCAGCAGCAGCAGCAGCAGCAGUAGCAGAAGAGGUAGCAGCAGCAGAGGCAGUAGUAGCAGCCACCAGCGUGAAUUCAACAAAAGCAGCAUCAUUACCAUCCAAAUUGGCCACGACAAAUACAUUAGAAAACACACCCAAGAAGAGACAGGUUUGCAGACACUUUUUAGCUGGCGAGUGUUAUCGAAAGGAUUGUUGGUUUGUUCAUGAUUUGCAAGAGAAGGUGUGCAAAUUCUGGCUCCAAGGCAGUUGUUUGAAAGGAGAUUCCUGUGAAUUCUCGCAUCACAUUGAUAUUCAAGAGGUUGCCAACAAGAUGACAUUACCCGAAUCACCCAAAAAGAAGGAGCCCGUCAAAUACAACCAAGGCGAUUACCCAGCAUUGAGUUCGGCUAGCAGCAGUAGAAAGACUCGUGCUUGGAAUGCAGCUUCUACUACGAGCGCCUCCACAGUGAAAGAGCAAGACGAGUUUCCUACAUUAGCGUCCGCUGCCAAAAUCAAAAAAAGCUCCACAAACAACAGCAAUAGCAACAGAGCCAUCAACUUUGCAGAGGCAGCCAAGAAGAAAAAGACAGCACCCUCGCCCAAAGCAACAUCUGCCAAGCGAUCCUUACUGUAUCGACCCCAUAAAUACAGUCAUCAAAAGCUGACUCAACCUGUUCGUAUACCAUGGCUUGAAACAGGCAGUUCACUCAACAGUGUCUACAUGAAGGAGAGAGAACAAGCGAUCGAGUACGGUAUGCUUCGAAAUAGAUUGUUUAGCAAGGCUACAGAAUACUAUUUAAAGGGGGAUGGAGCCAGAGCCAAAUUAUACUCGAUGGAAGCCAAGCAGUACAAUCGACUGAUGCAGGAAAUGCACUCUGAAGCAAGCCAGCGUAUUUUCGAGAGUCGAUCGAAGCAUGAAGCAUUCAUUGAUUUGCAUGGAUUGCACGAAGAUGAAGCCAUGGAAAUUGUGGAACAAAGACUGUCGCAUUUGAAGGCAACUUAUUCUGGCAUUAUUUACAUUGUCACCGGCACUGGCCAUCAUUCAGGAGCCAGUGGUCUCAGUAAAAAACAGAGCAAAUUGAAGCCUUGCGUCUACAACUAUCUCAAGCAGGAACACUAUCACUUUGCAGAGACAAGCAUUGUAGGAGACAAUCAAGGCGGUGUGUUUGCUGUUGAAAUUUGA